AUGGCUGAAUCCGAAUUUCAUUCCAUACUCUAUGAUAAAUCCACCGAUGGCAAAGUCGCCUACAUUACGCUGAACCGGCCCCAGCACCUCAAUGCCAUUGACACCCACAUGCCGCUCGAGAUCCGCGCCGCCGUGCGGCAGGCCAAUCUCGAUCCCGACGUGCACUGCAUCGUUCUCAAAGGCAACGGCGCCGGCUUCUGCGGCGGCUACGAUUUAGAUAUCUUUGCAGCCUCUGCGCUUCGCGGCGAGACGGCGGGCAGCCAAGACCUGUCGGAAGGCUACGAGCCGUUUCGCGACUACCUCUUGAUGAAGGAGUGCACCGACUGCUACGCGGCGCUCUUCCACAGCUACAAGCCGACGAUUGCGCAGGUGCACGGCGCCGCGGCGGCCGGCGGCUCCGACAUUGCGCUCAGCUGCGACCUCGUCGUCAUGGCCGACGACGCGCGCAUCGGCUAUCCGCCCGCCCGCGUCUGGGGCUGCCCGACGACGGCCAUGUGGGCGCACCGCGUGGGCGCGGAGCGGGCCAAGCGCAUGCUGUUCACGGGGGACCUGGUCGACGGCAGGGAGGCGGCGGCGAUGGGGCUGGUGCUCAAGUCGGUGCCGCGGGACGAGCUGGGGGAGGCGGUGCGGCUGCUGACGGAUCGCAUCAAGGCGGUGCCGGUAAACCAGCUGUGGAUGCAGAAGCAAAUGAUUAAUAGCACGUUUGAGGCGCAGAUUGGGGCGGGCCAGCGCUUGGCUACGGUGUUUGAUGGCAUCACUAGGAAUUCACCAGAGGGUCUCGCUUUCCAGGGUCUUGCCGCGGAAAAGGGCUUCAAAGCGGCCGUGGCGGCAAGAGACGAGCCUGGAAGAACAACAGCCUACAGGAAGAUGUGGAAAAGCUCAUUGUGA